UGGCUGCUCGUCUUGGAGCCAAUACAUGUAAUCGAUCGAAUGGUCAAUCGAUCGACCCGAAUAGCAGGAGCACACCCAACAACCAACAACCACCCGCAACCUCUUUUGCAUCAUUAUUGCAACAGCUAGCCAGCCAUUGCAGCCACUAUCUUCAAUCUACAUGUAGUAUGCGCUGACAGACCAAUCAUCCUUAACCAUGGCAGACCGUCCCCGAUAUGUUCCCAGUCGCAACCGUAGAGCAAAGAACCAACGUUUCCAUGGCGCCUUUACGGGUGGCUUUUCAGCGGGUUUCUACAACACGGUCGGUUCCACUGAGGGAUGGCAACCCAAAAACGAUGAACGUGUCGACGAACUGCCAGCCUCCGUGGACGAGGAGGGGAACAUUGUGGCUCAGGACUAUACUCCACCAAGUCGCAAGCGAUCACGUCCACAACAGCAAAAACUGGAAGAUUUUAUGGACGAAGAAGAUCAUGACCAGUGGGGCGGACCAACCAGUCUAAGACGGGAAUACAAGGACCCUUCCAAUGCUUCUCAUAAUCCACUCGACAACAACGCUAACAGCAGCAGCAACAACAACAGUACUACUGAGAAUAUUGGAGAUUGGAUGAAAAUUGCCACAGUGGUUCCACCUGCCAAUGUCGGCAAUCGAUUAUUGCGCGUUUUGGGUUGGAGAGAAGGAAACUCUGCGGCAUAUGUUCCAGAUGCUACUAUUAAUACUGCAAAGGCUACGGAUACAUGUACUGCCAAUCAAUCCACGCCAGAAUCGUCGGUACUGCUCUCCAAAAAACGACUACGCAAGGUACAGCUGCAACAAAAGCGUGUCAAAAUUCCACCCCCAAAACUAAAUACCUGUGGACUCGGAUACGAACCCUAUCAAAACGCACCCGAGUUUCGGGCGCAUCAAGAAAAGAGACGAAAACAGGCACAACAGAGAGCACAACUUAACAGUAGUACAAAUGUCUACCGAAUAUCCGACGUGUUGGAAAAUGAGGAGGAGGACAAUAAUACCAAUCUUAAACCAAACAGGCAACAACAACAACCAAACAGCAACAAUCAUGAUCAAGAUGACCCAGCAUAUUCGUAUGAAACCAUGGAAGAUUUUGUGGGACACAAGUCUGUCGGUGGAUUUGCCCUCCGAGAAGAUGAAGAUGAUGCCUACGAUGAUGACCAGCCUUUGUCACUCACCAAGGCGUCAGAUAAAGUUCGCAUAGAUUCCGAAGCUUUCAAUACUGAAGUCUAUGAACACCAAAGCAGUGAUGAUGACGACGAAAACAACAAUCAUCAAAUGAGCAGUUCUGCGCCAAGACACGCCAAUGAUAACAAUAUCAAUAACAGAAACAACUUGGCGGGGAUCUUGUCCAGUUUUGCGGACACGGGACCAGCAUCAUCUUCAUUACAAACACCAAAAGCGGCAGCAUUUACAACUGAUGGUCGACCACCGUUGGCAGGCUUUGUCAUGGGAGGUGCAUUUGCUUCGCAUUCCAAGCCUAAACGAUACCGUGGGCCAGAUGUCCCAUCAGAUUAUCAAGUCAAACAUCACGAAUUCAGACCAAAUGAACAUCCGUCCGUGCUAAGGGCAUUGUCUCAUGCCGUACAAUUGCAAGUCGUCGAUGAAAAGCGGAAACAAGCUAUGGAUGAAGCCCUGCGGAUCAAUGCAACUUCCAAUAAACCUGCCAGACAACGAUUUCAACACAUGGCAAAAAACAUCAGCAACAGUAACAACAGCAACAAUACAAGCGCUGAACGAUCCAAAACACCCAUGGCUGGUGGUGCAUUUGCAGGAUUGGCCGAAGCAAUGAAGAGCCGUUUCACAUCCGUAAAGGAGAACUCCGAUACGGCUACAAAACUACAAUCUGGACUACGAUUGCCUUCCAAGGAGAGCCAGAAAACCACCGUCAACGAGCCUGCUGCCGAGGAACCGCAACGAUCUGCUCCAGAUGAAAUCAAGAUUACUCGCAAAAUUUACCCAUUUGCUCCGCAUAGGUUACUCUGCAAACGGUUCCAUGUACCUGUGCCUGAAAUCAGCAAACAAUCAACAGAUCAAACAGGAGGGGGCAGGGUGACGGAAGAUUCCUAUUUUCGGCAAGAGAUAUUGAACCCGGCAACCAAAAACAAUCCAGAAGCCAACAACAAAAAGAAGGAAGCGCCGCCAACGAAAUCCAAAGCAAGCGUUCCAAAACCAGGCGGCGGGAUGUUUGAAGAAGAUGGGACCAUGAAGGACGACGCUCUCGGUGCCAUACCAGCCGACCAAGGCAAAGACAAAGAAGAGCGUCCAUCCCUGGAAACGUACAAGUCAAUUUUUGAACCUCAAGCUGAUGAUGAAUCGGAGUCCGACUUGGACGAGAGCGAUCCUGAGAUUCUAGAUGAGGAAGACCCCAAACACGACAACACUGCAGAUGAUUCAAAGGAAAAGGACCCUCAAAAGAAUGCUGCAGCACGCGAGGAGAUCAAGGAAACCAACGGUGAAGAGAAAAAGACUGAAACGGAGAAGACGGCUGGAACGGAUGGUGCCCAUCGCGCGAUUGAUGGUGAUGCAAGGGACGAUGCAGUUGUUGCGAUGGAUGAUCGCGACAGGAGUAGGAAAAAGAAAAAGCACAAGUCAAAACGUCGUAGUCGAGACAGAAAAUCCAGCCAUGAUGGGUCCGACGAUGAUGGCUCUCGUCAGGGACAGAUAAGGAAACGCUCCAGAUCUGUUUCCAGCGAAAGCACCGACCUUUCGCGGGAUAGCAGCAGCAGAGACCGAAAGCGCCGAAGGGAGCGCAAGGACAAAAAGAAAAAGAAGCAUAAGCACAAGAGCAAGAAGAAAUCAAAGCGCAAGUAGUCAACAUCAGGAAUUGCCGUGACAAACAGAGCUGCUCUCUCCACCAGCUUUGAAGUUGCGAAACUACAAGACACGAUGGUUGCCAAAAAGGGGUAUGGCACGUAGACGAAGCGGGGCUAAUGGUUAAGGUGCCACUUUUUUCAUCUGUAAACUAGGGCGAUGGCACCCUGUUCGACACAAACUCUGGCAAAGCUCAAUAGUGUCAAGGGACAAAUCAUGUCUACAUUGGGAAUGCUGACGUUCUCCGGUAGCAAUGACCUCAAAUCCUUGACGACAAAUUCUCUGUUUGCGGCUUCUUUUAUCUUUCUCAAGAUGAAAACGAUGGCACCUGCGAUUUCCUCUCUGGGCAGGAGCCCUCUGGGCUUGUCCACGAUGACAGAAGCUUUUUCCUCUGGCGUUGCAGCUCGAACCAAGCUAUCCAGGGCAACAAGUCUUGCCGCCCUCGGGCCGACAAUCACUCGAGGCGGGGCCGACUCUGAUGGAAAGCGCAUUGCGUGCAUGCUUUUCAUUCUGACCGAGAAUGCUCUAUGGUUGUGCCUAUGAAACUUGUUUCCAAGACUCUCCGAAAUGGCUGCCACUGUGACUUCCUCUUGCACUCGCUGAAAGGCUUGUUGAAUUUGCUGUUGCAAUUGUUCCUGGUCGUGUAAUGGAAUCUGUUUGAUAUUCUGGCCCCCAAUUGUCCGGGGAAGUGCCUUUCGGUAAUCCACCACACUAUGUAAUAUUGACUCUGUGGCAGCGGUUAAAAUACCUGCCAACGUCCAGUCAUGGGUUGCCAAUGCGAUUGUCACGUGGAAACUGCAACUAUCUUCAUGGGUUAGUGCCUCGUGCACAUAUCCGCGAGGCAUGUACAUGACAUCUCCCGGCUGAAGUGUUGUCUGAAUAAUUUUUGGUCCUUCUAGAACUUCCUGAGGCACUUCCAAUCUCUCUUUUCCCACUUGUUCAUGUGGAUAUGGGUAUGGGAUAGGUACCUUUUGGUAGACGGUCCACUGUUUCUUUCCGACCACCUGAAUGAUGAAUACAUCCCUGUCAUCGGCAUGUGCUCGUACUGCCUGCGCUCCUGGUGGUGUAAGGUAUGCAUUUGUGAAUACAUGGGGGAAGCUCUUUUGCAAGUCUUGGCAGACAGCCGCAAUCCACGGGGAAGUCCAGUCGGCGUGAUUGAGAACCACCGAGCAUCCGUCCAAGUAUGCUGUCAUGAGAUUAUUGUUGUAAGAAGUGGCCAGAUCAUUUGUGACGCUGACUUUGUCUUUGAAUAGUAGAGGAGCAGUGUGUUGAGUGGAUCCAUGAAUGACGUGUUCGACAGUAUUGUCGUUAUGAUUGGAAGGAGGUAUGGGGGCAUCGGCGAGAAGUUGGACCAAUGCGAUCCACCCUUGAUCGAUUAGCUCUUCGUAGGGACUGUUUCUCACAGCGUCGUCAUUCCAAAAGUUGGAGGCAUGAAAAUCUGUUGGUUCGCCAAUCGUAGUAUUGGCAUUAGUCUGCCUGGCAGCGCUGUUGUUGUUGGCUUGGAGACUGCAUCGACGGCCCCAUCGAAAUAAGGCGCAUUGUUCUUGCCAGGUGGAUUCAAAGAAUUUUGCAACCGCGGUGCCACUGUUGUCGCCUAGAAUGGAAAUCAGAGCCAGGGACUCUCCAGGUUCAUCGUCAUUACCAUUCUGUUGGUGUUGAGCUGUUGUGCGGUUUUCACCGUUCAUUCUCGCAAGAGAUUGCAUGAAGGAAGCAACACUGAUGUAUACGGGUAGCUAGGGGUAUCCAAGCGCGGGACUCGAAAAAUUGAAGAAAGGAUACCACUUCUAACCAAAUGAUGCUUCUGAUGGUUGCUCCGCCACAGCCUCAGCCAAAGGCAAGCCACUGUUUUUGCAGAUAAGAGUUCUUUCGCCAAUGGAAAGCUUGGACAGCGUCUCGCUUCUUCGUGGGGUAUGAUUGAGAAUUCGAAAAGGCACCACUCUCCAAUGCCAAGGAUAGCAUGUUCACGGCUCAAAUAAGCGAUUGUGGCGGCAAGAGAAACGUACGAUUGAAGAUCCAACAAGGGUCCCGGUCCAAUCAUGACUAACAAAAAUCAAACGGGGUACAAGAUCUAAUCGUGACUUGCUUCGCUCCAACCUCAACACACCGAUCU